AUGGUUUUAAAUGACAAUAAGGAGCCGACAGCAAAAUCAAUCGAGAAGUUGGGUAAAGAAAUAAAGAACGCACCUAUUCCAUCUUCAACUACCUCUGGGAAUAAAUUUAGAGGGGCAGUACAAAAACCCUCAACGUCGUCGAGGACUUUAAACUGGCGCAGCCCAUAUACGGGUCAGGGGAACCCGCAUAUGGGCCAGAAGCUUCCGUACCAGAAGUUUCACAGGGCAACUCCCCAGAACAGCAGGACGAUGUACAGCAAUUCAUCGAGCCAGGCGAAGUCAAAUCGGUCAACACUUCAGGACAAGAGGAAAUAG